GGCUACCUAAGGUACUAAUUAAAUGCGCUUGCCACCCACCUCAUAAAAUAAGACUCUCCUCCCCACCAUCGCGUCCCUUCAUCCUCGCGAAAGUAGGUGUUCUUUGUCUCUUGUUCCUCUACCACUACCUUAUACAACGAUUCGCCGAUACCUAGCCUACAACCGUCUCAUCGCAGAGCCCUCGUCUGAUUACUCGCGCACCAGGGACCAUCAUCACCUCGACCAUAGCGAACUCCUGAUUUCGAUACGACUUUCGAUACGACGAACCCCUCUGCGACUUGAGAGCCGCCAUCUCACUCGCCCUCCAUCCAGCAUUCCAUUCCGUCCGCGGUCGAGUCUUACAAGUCCUUGCUCCCGAGGGCUGGCAUAUUCUCGUCUUCCGUAUCCUCCGAGCGGUUUUCGUUUUUUUUUCUCUUCCGAACCUCUAUUUCGCACACUCCCCCACCGGAAUGUCUCAAGUACAUUCUCGCACAGCUCCCGCGGUAGGAGCUCCUCAGGCUGCAGCGAAGGACGCACCUGUGGUACCUGAUAUUCCUGCUGCUGCCGUCGCCGCCGCUGCUGCGCCCGCGCCCGCUGCCGCGACUGACCCCGUCGUCCCGGAGGCUCAUGAAGUUGAUACCUACCAUCCCCCGCAAAAGAUGUUUGAGAAGCAUCCCAGCAAACCCCACCUCAACGGCCUGGAGGAGUACCAGACUUUAUACAAGGAAUCAAUCACCGACCCUAAGAAGUUCUGGGGAACCAAGGCACGCGAGCUCAUCUCUUGGUAUACCGAUUUUCAAACCGUGCAUUCUGGCAGUCUUGCAGGUGGUGACAACGCGUGGUUCCUCGAGGGUACCCUGAACGCAUGCUACAACCUCGUUGACCGACACGCCUUUAAAGACCCCAACAAGGUCGCCAUUAUCUACGAGGCCGACGAACCCACCGACGCCCGCAAUGUCACCUAUGGCGAGCUUCUGCGGAACGUCUCACAGGUCGCCUGGACUCUCAAACAAAUGGGCGUCCGCAAGGGAGAUACUGUCGCCAUCUAUAUGCCCAUGAUCCCCGAGGCCCUGGUCGCUAUGCUGGCUUGUGUUCGUUUGGGUGCCAUCCAUUCCGUCGUCUUUGCCGGCUUCUCGGCCGACUCCCUCCGCGACCGUGUUCUCGACGCCAGGUCCACGGUCGUCAUCACCACGGACGAGGGAAAGCGUGGUGGCAAGCUGAUCGGCACCAAGAAGAUUGUCGACGAUGCCUUGAAGCAGUGCCCUGGCGUGUCGCAUGUCCUGGUGUACAAGCGCACUGGUGCCGAGAUCCCCUUCACGGAAGGCCGGGACCUCUGGUGGCACGAGGAGGUGGAGAAAUGGCCCGCCUACUUCCCCCCGGUUCCCGUCAACUCCGAAGACCCUCUUUUCCUCCUCUACACCUCCGGCUCGACCGGGAAGCCCAAGGGCAUCAUGCACACCACGGGAGGCUACCUUGUAGGUGCUGCGGCCACCGGAAAAUACGUCUUCGAUAUCCACGACGGUGAUCGCUACUUCUGCGGCGGCGAUGUCGGCUGGAUCACCGGCCACACCUACGUUGUCUACGCCCCUCUUCUCCUGGGCGUCACCACCGUCGUCUUUGAGGGCACCCCUGCGUACCCCACCUUCUCCAGAUACUGGGACAUCAUCGAGAAGCACAAGAUUACCCAUUUCUACGUGGCCCCCACCGCUCUCCGUCUAUUGAAGCGUGCUGGCGACGAGCAUGUCAGGGCCAAGAUGCAGCACCUCCGUGUUCUUGGCAGCGUCGGCGAGCCCAUCGCAGCAGAAAUCUGGAAGUGGUACUUUGAUGUCGUCGGCAAGGAGGAGUCCCAGAUCAUCGAUACCUACUGGCAAACAGAAACGGGCUCCAACGUCAUCACUCCUCUGGCUGGCGUUACUCCCACCAAGCCCGGCAGUGCGUCGCUCCCCUUCUUCGGCGUCGAGCCGGCCAUUAUCGAUCCCGUAUCAGGUCAAGAGAUUCACGGCAACGACGUCGAGGGCGUCCUGGCAUUCAAGCAGCCUUGGCCAAGCAUGGCCCGGACCGUCUAUGGCGCUCACAAGAAGUACAUGGAUACCUAUUUGAACGUUUAUAAGGGAUAUUAUUUCACUGGCGACGGCGCUGCCCGAGACCACGAAGGGUUCUACUGGAUUCGUGGCCGUGUGGACGACGUGGUCAACGUCUCGGGCCACCGGCUGUCGACGGCCGAGAUUGAGGCUGCGCUCCUUGAGCACCACGGUGUCGCCGAGGCCGCCGUCGUAGGCGUCGCGGACGAGCUGACGGGCCAGGCGGUGAACGCCUUUGUCAGCCUCAAGCAGCCCAACGAUGCCAGCGACGCGCUGCGCAAGGAGUUCAUCAUGCAGGUGCGGAGGAGCAUCGGCCCCUUUGCGGCGCCCAAGGCGGUCUAUAUCGUGCCCGACCUGCCUAAGACCCGGUCUGGCAAGAUCAUGCGCCGCGUCCUGCGGAAGAUCCUGGCGGGUGAGGAGGAUCAACUAGGCGACAUCAGCUCGCUAUCCGAUCCGUCGAUUGUCGAAAAGAUCCUCACCUCCGUACACGAAAGCAGGUCCAAGAAAUAGAAAUAAAACCUACACAAGAGAAAUGAAGAGAGAGGGGAGCGGAGGGGGACGACUAGACGUGCCCCUGAUAUGCUUGAUAUCAACCACGAUGAAAGAUAUGCCUCCGGUUGGAUUGAUCUUAAAACGAUAGCACGUUUUGUAAUGUAUAUAUAUGUCAGGGUGCGAUUACUUUUCCCCUUGUUCCGUUGUUGGACAUUCCAUCGGCGUCGUGGAUGAUUCUGGGCUGCUUGGAUUCCCCUUAGACUGGACGGCACCGAACAUGGUUGAUAAUAUAUACGAAGUAGAGGUCAUGCCUUCAGUGUGCCAGUUCCUCCGCCAUCAGGCGGCCUGCACGAUUUAGAGCAAGAAAAUCUUCAAGACUUC